UGCACCGCGGCCGGGCGGAGGGCGAGUUCCAGAGUCCCGCGGUGAAGGGACCGCACAGAUGCCAGUGCACGCUUUCUGCUCUAGGGCUUUUGACAUCGCGCUUCCCACCCCUGACCAGGUGACCUUUGAACUCUGACGGAUCCCAGGAAGAAGUUGGCAUUUGUGGGGGACGAUGCCUGAGCAGGGGAGGCAGGCUACAGCCAAAGAAGCCAGUCGGAACAUCUUGUCUAAACUUACUUUGCCUGCACGCCCCUGGGAACAAGCAAUGAAGCAGAGUUUUGCCUUUGACAAUGUUGGCUAUGAAGGGGGUCUGGACAGCACAUGCUCCUCUCCAGCAACUACCAAUAUGGUCAGCAUUCGGGGCAUGACUUGCCAGUCAUGUGUCAAGUCCAUCGAGGACAGGAUCUCUAGUUUGAAAGGCAUCAUGAACAUUAAGGUUUCACUGGAACAAGGCAGUGCAACUGUAGAAUACCUGCCAUUGGUCGUGAACCUGCAGCAGAUUUGCCACCAGAUUCGGGACAUGGGCUUUGAAGCCAGCAUCACAGAAGGAAAGGCUGCUUCCUGGCCUUCCAGGUCCUCCCCAGCCCAGGAGGCAGUGGUCAAGCUUCGGGUGGAUGGCAUGACCUGCCAGUCCUGUGUCAGCUCCAUUGAAGGCAAGAUUCGGAAACUACAAGGGAUUGUGAGAGUCAAAGUCUCCCUCAGCAAUCAAGAGGCAGUCAUCACUUACCAACCUUACCUCAUUCAACCCGAGGACCUUAGGGACCACAUCAGUGACAUGGGAUUUGAAGCUAUCAUCAAGAACAAAACAACUCCCUUAAGCCUGGGCCCAAUCGAUAUUGGCCGAUUAGAAAGCACUAACCUAAAGCAACCAGCAGCCUUUACUAACCAGAAUUCCAAUAACUCUGAGACCUUGGAGCACCAAGAGAGCCACAUGGCCACCCUCCAACUGAGAAUAGAUGGGAUCCACUGUAAAUCUUGUGUUUUGAAUAUUGAAGGAAAUAUAGGCCAGAUCCCAGGGGUUCAAGAUAUUCAUGUGUCCUUGGAGAACAAAACUGCCCAAAUACAGUAUAACCCUUCUCGUGUCAGCCCCUUGUCCCUGCAGAGGGCCAUCGAGGCACUACCACCUGGGCACUAUAAGGUUUCUUUUUCUGAUGGAGCAGAGGGGAGUGGCCUUGAGAGUGGGCCUUCUGGUUUUCAGUCCCCUGGCUUUCCCCAGAGAUACCAGGAGCAGGGCCCGUGCAGUAGUGUGGUACUCGCCAUCGCUGGCAUGACCUGUGCAUCCUGUGUCCAGUCUAUCGAAGGCAUGAUGUCCCAGCGGAAAGGUGUCCAGCAGAUAUUCGUCUCUUUGGCAGAAGGGAUUGGAACAAUUCUUUAUGAUCCCUCUGUAGUUAACCCAGAGGAACUCCAAGCAGCUCUAGAAGACAUGGGAUUUGAGGCAUCAGUGAUUCCUGAAAAUGUCUCCACCAACCAUGUCAGAAACCUCAGCACUGAGAAUCCUGUGCCACAAACUAAGGGUGAUACCCAAGUAUCUGUGCCAGAAAUGGCUACCCACACGAGAUGGCUCCCCCCAAACCAUGAUCCUGGCUACUCGUCAGAUACUCCACCAUCCAUGGGAACAGCAGCACCACAGAAGUGCUUUUUACAGAUCAAAGGCAUGACCUGUGCAUCCUGUGUGUCUAACAUAGAAAGGAAUCUUCAGAAAGAUGCUGGUAUUGUUUCUGUGUUGGUUGCCUUGAUGUCGGGAAAGGCAGAGGUCAAGUAUAAUCCAGAGGUCAUCCAGCCGCCCAGAAUAGCUCAGCUCAUCCAGGACCUGGGCUUUGAAGCAACAGUCGUGGAGGACAACGCAGGCUCUGAAGGUGACAUUGAACUAAUUAUCACAGGGAUGACCUGCGCUUCCUGUGUUCACAACAUAGAGUCCAAGCUCACCAGGACGAAUGGCAUUACUUAUGCUUCUGUGGCCCUCGCCACCAGCAAAGCCCACGUGAAGUUUGAUCCUGAAAUCAUAGGCCCACGUGAUAUUGUAAAGAUUAUUGAGGAAAUUGGCUUUCAUGCUUCUCUGGCCCAGAGAAAUCCCAACGCUCAUCACUUGGACCACAAGAUGGAAAUAAAGCAGUGGAAGAAAUCUUUCCUGUGUAGCCUGGUGUUUGGCAUCCCUGUCAUGGGCUUGAUGAUCUACAUGUUAAUCCUCAGCAAUGAGCCCCACGAGACUAUGGUCCUGGACCACAACAUCAUUCCAGGACUGUCCAUUCUAAAUCUCAUCUUUUUCAUCUUGUGUUCCUUCGUCCAAUUCCUUGGUGGGUGGUACUUCUACGUUCAGGCCUACAAGUCUUUGAGACACAAGUCGGCCAACAUGGACGUGCUCAUCGUACUGGCCACAACCAUUGCCUAUGCCUACUCCCUGGUCAUCUUGGUAGUCGCCAUUGCUGAGAGGGCUGAGAAGAGCCCCGUGACAUUCUUUGACACACCCCCUAUGCUCUUCGUAUUCAUCGCUUUGGGGCGGUGGCUGGAACACGUGGCAAAGAGCAAGACUUCAGAAGCCCUUGCAAAACUCAUGUCACUCCAAGCCACAGAAGCUACAGUCGUGACCCUUGGUGAGGACAACUUAAUCAUCAGAGAAGAGCAAGUGCCCAUGGAGCUGGUGCAACGUGGUGAUAUCAUCAAGGUUGUCCCCGGGGGCAAGUUCCCGGUGGAUGGGAAAGUCCUAGAAGGCAAUACCAUGGCGGAUGAAUCUCUUAUCACAGGAGAGGCCAUGCCUGUCACUAAGAAACCUGGGAGCAUAGUAAUCGCUGGCUCUAUAAAUGCUCAUGGCUCCGUGCUCAUUAAAGCCACCCAUGUGGGCAAUGAUACUACUUUGGCUCAGAUUGUGAAGUUGGUAGAGGAGGCCCAGAUGUCAAAGGCACCCAUUCAGCAGCUGGCUGAUCGGUUUAGUGGCUAUUUUGUCCCAUUUAUCAUCAUCAUUUCAACCUUGACGUUGGUGGUAUGGAUUGUCAUCGGUUUUGUCGAUUUUGGUAUUGUUCAGAAAUACUUUCCUAACCCCAACAAGCACAUCUCGAAGACGGAGGUCAUCAUUCGCUUUGCCUUCCAGACGUCUAUCACCGUGCUGUGCAUCGCCUGCCCCUGCUCCCUGGGGCUUGCCACGCCCACAGCAGUGAUGGUGGGCACUGGGGUGGCUGCUCAGCAUGGUAUCCUCAUCAAAGGGGGCAAGCCCCUAGAGAUGGCACACAAGAUAAAAACUGUGAUGUUUGACAAAACUGGCACAAUUACCCAUGGGGUCCCCAGAGUCAUGCGGUUCCUGCUGCUCGUGGACAUGGCUGCGCUACCCCUCAGGAAGGUUCUGGCUGUGGUGGGCACUGCAGAGGCCAGCAGCGAGCACCCCUUGGGUGUGGCAGUCACCAAAUACUGCAAAGAGGAACUUGGAACGGAAACCUUGGGUUACUGCACAGAUUUCCAGGCAGUGCCAGGCUGUGGAAUUGGCUGUAAAGUUAGCAGCGUGGAAAGCAUCCUGGCCCACAGUGGGCGGACUAGUCACCCGCAGGGAGUUGGCAACCUUCCUGCAGGAACAGAUGCAGGCCCCCAGACCUUCUCUGUGCUGAUUGGAAACCGUGAAUGGAUGAGGCGCAACGGCCUGACCAUCUCCAGUGAUGUCAGUGAUGCCAUGACAGAUCACGAGAUGAAAGGACAGACGGCCAUCCUGGUGGCUAUUGAUGGUGUGCUCUGUGGGAUGAUCGCCAUCGCAGAUGCUGUCAAACCAGAAGCUGCCCUGGCUGUCCAUACGCUGAAAAACAUGGGUGUGAAUGUGGUUCUGAUCACAGGGGACAACCGGAAGACAGCCAGAGCCAUUGCCACUCAGGUUGGCAUCAACAAAGUCUUUGCUGAAGUCCUGCCUUCCCACAAGGUGGCCAAAGUUCAGGAGAUCCAGAACCAAGGGAAGAAAGUUGCCAUGGUGGGAGAUGGGGUGAACGACUCCCCGGCCUUGGCCCAGGCUGACGUGGGCAUUGCUAUCGGGACUGGCACGGAUGUUGCCAUCGAGGCAGCAGAUGUCGUCCUUAUCAGAAACGACUUACUGGAUGUGGUGGCCAGCAUUCACCUCUCUAAAAGGACCGUCCGGAGGAUCCGGGUUAAUUUGGUGCUGGCACUGAUCUAUAAUAUGGUUGGCAUACCCAUCGCCGCAGGUGUCUUCAUGCCCAUUGGCAUCGUGUUGCAGCCAUGGAUGGGCUCAGCGGCCAUGGCAGCCUCCUCUGUGUCUGUGGUGCUCUCCUCUCUGCAGCUCAAGUGCUAUAGGAAGCCUGACCUGGAGAGGUAUGAGGCACAGGCCCAUGGCCGCAUGAAGCCCCUGAGUGCAUCCCAGGUCAGUGUGCAUGUUGGUAUGGAUGAUCGACGACAGGAUUCUCCCAGGGCCACACUGUGGGACCAGGUCAGCUACAUCAGCCAGGUGUCUCUGUCUUCCCUGACAUCUGAAAGACUGUCUCGGCACGGUGGCACAGCAGACGACAAUGGAGACAAAUGGUCCCUCCUUCUGAGUGACAGGGAUGAGGAGCAGUGCAUCUGAAAGCUGCAACCAGGGCAGCCAAGGCAGCUCCUCCUGGAUGAGCUUGCAGUCUACCUGCUAGGGUGGAGCCGGCAGGAGCAGCCCCAGCAGGCAGUAGUGGGGCAAAUGACACUCAUUAUGGCCUUGGGCCUCCUGCUCCCUGGACAGCCUACAAAUCUUCCCUGCAGCAUGUGGCCAUCCCUGGUAUAUCUGCAGAAGGCGCUGAUGCAGACGAAACUCUCUGCUGGCCCUGUGGUCUGUGUUGGCAAGGUUGGAUUCUAGUACAGGAGAGGAAGCCAGCAUUCCUCUCAGAACCCUGCCUGUCAGGUUCGGAUGACAACAUCCAAAACAAGGAACAAGCUUGCCAGGCCCCAAACCCUAACUGAACCACUCUGUAGAGCUCCAAACAGCUCUCCCAACACAGAGUCCUGAAGCUUGGAAUGAGGCGGCACACACUGGCCUGAGGGCACAUUUUACCUCAAAUGCACCUGCUGUUUCUGCUGGCGCAGUCUCUUCCUUUUCUCCCCUCUGCACUUGGUGUUCUUGAAGCUGGAGAUGUGCCUCCCCCUAACUUCUGAGGGCAGGACUCCCACCCUUAGGCCAGAUGUUCUGGCUCUCAGGUGUCUAUCCAAAGGCUGUUCCCUGGCGUGCACUCCAACCCAAGAGCUGCAGCUGCUCUUCACACUGAGGAGAGAGUUCUUUCUUGCUAAGACUUACAGAUGCUACUUCUGCUGACUAGCUAGAUGGGCAGCUCAGAGCCUGACCAGAGUCCAUUUUCCUGUGAGGGUCCAGGUCCUCGCCACCCAAGCUACCUGUGUGUCCCUGCUGUGGCCUGUGGUGCUUGAAGCAGGUGUCCCUUGGGGGAUGUAUGCAUACAGGAAUCUCCUUGUUACUUCACAGGGCCCAGUGGGGUUUGUCACAAGUGCCUGGUGUGUGUGUGCCUGGGGGGAUCUCUCUCAUCGGAGAGGGAAGUUCUGAGAGCUGUCUGCCAGCUGAGGGGCACCCAGCUCCCCAGGGGAAGUGCUUUUACCAUCAGUGGCUGUGAUUGAGUGGCAUCAGAGGACAGGGACAGGCCCAGCUUAACCCUGAAGUGGGCAGGUGACUGAAUCACCUGGAACAGACCAGCAGACUCAGAUCACUCUCAGGUGAAUCCUGGUUGUGAUACAAAGUAUUUUAGUUACUUAUUGAAUGUCACUUGUUGCCAGGGGCAGCAUUAGUACUUUUUGAAGGUUACUUACCUCUUCCCCCAACAAAGCAAAGUAGCUAUUGCCUUGUUUUACAAACAAGGAAACUGGCUCAGAGGGGCUUAGUGUCUUGCUAGGAACUCAACAGUGGAUAUGCCAGUCCUGCUGGCUCCGAAGGCUUUUUCUACCUCCACUGCUGCCUUAAAUAUCAGUUUACUUUUUGACCAGAGUAAACUGCACAAAGUCCUUGCUCCUGGAAGAGCAAAUAUGCAGGUAUGUGUUAGUUGUAUCAACUUAGAAUGCAGUUGGUCAGGAGGUCGGCUUACCUUCAUUUGAAAUGACUGGUUUCAGUUUUGCAUAUUAGUAGUUUUUGCUGAGUUUGAGUCUCUAAAAUCCAAGUGCAGAGUUCUCUGUAGUACUUUCAUUGUUUUCCGUCUCCCCUUCAGCAGCCUCUUCCCAUUACCCCUGCCCAUUCUCUCCUGUUGCUGUUGUUUAGGAAUAUUUCUUAGUUUGGAGCUGAGCUAAUCAUUUUCUAAAGAAUCUAAUUUUAUUGAUUUUUAAACCUUCUAAAACCACAAGUAUCACAUUCACAUUUACACUAAAAAUUUUACAUAAUUAUACAGAUAAGUAACUUCACAGGUGUUCAAAGAGUCGGGAAUUAUUUUAGCCAGCUAACAGUUUCCACUUUGGAAAUUUUCCAUACAGUAUGAAAAUAAAGUUGCAUCUUAUUUAU